AUGCCUGUUCUUGUAGACGUCGGUCAUGCUUUGAACGAGCUUACGAUUGAAGAGAAGGUCAAGCUUCUCUCGGGCAAAGACAAUUGGUCUACCUACCCUGUUGAACGCCUGAACAUUCCCUCUCUGACGGUACGUGUUGUCAUGCAUGAGCCAGAGGUGGCGUGUCAGGCUUACCUUCUUUCAACAGGUUACAGAUGGCCCACACGGGGCGAGAGGCGUGUCCUUCUUCAAUGGCCUGACCCCGAUAAGCCGCUCGGUGCUCUGCUUCCAUCAGCAACGGCGAUGGGGGCGACUUUUGAUACUGAGUUGAUGCGGUCUGUUGGUAAUAUGCUGGCAGCAGAAACCAUAGAGAAGGGUUCCCAGGUUUUACUUGCUCCAACCGUCUGUCUGCAACGUUCGCCCCUUAUAGGACGUGGCUUUGAAGCCUUUGGAGAAGAUCCGAUCCUCAGUGGUAUGAUGGCCUCCGAGUAUAUCAACGGUGUACAAGAGAAAGGGGUUGCAACUUCCAUCAAACACUAUGCAGCACAUGACCGGUCUUAUAUGUCCCCAGAGGACGACUUGCAGGUUGCUGAAAGGACACUACGAGAGUUGCACCUUUUACCUUUCCAGUUAGCCGUAAAACACGCCAACCCCUGGUCAUUCAUGACUUCAUAUCACCGCAUAAAUGGCGUUCACACUUCAGAAAACGAAUGGCUUAAUACACAAAUCCUGCGCAAGGAAUGGGGAUGGGACGGGCUGCUGAUGAGCGAUUGGGGUGGUGUCUAUAGUACUUCUGAGGCCUUGAAUGCUGGCAUGGACCUAGAGAUGCCGGGCCCUCCAAGGUGGAGAGGUGAUCUUCUGCAUCUUGCCCUUUUUUCUCGAAAGGUGAAGAAAUCGAUGAUAGAUGAAAGAGUUCGGAAUGUGGUCAACCUCGUAAACAGGGUGCGACCGGCUAUUGAGCGAGAAACGCCAGAGGAAGAGGCCGGCGAUACACCUGCAAAGAGGGCGCUAUGUCGAGAGGUAGCUCGAAGCUCUAUCGUCCUGCUCAAGAACGAAAGAAAGAUACUGCCUCUCGAACCAUCAGCGCAGCAAACCUACGGUCUGAUCGGCCCUGGAUUUGUGUAUCCCGCCAUCAGUGGCGGCGGAUCUGCCGAUUUGCGCCCAUAUUACGUCCGAAAGCCGCUUGAAGCCAUCCAAGAUGUUGUCGGCAAGGAUAACGUGAGGGCUGCUGUUGGCUGUUAUUCUCACAUAUUUACGCCUCCGCUGUCCGAAGAUGUUACAGUUCCGGGAACAGAUGAAGAGGGUUAUCAACUCUUUUGGUAUGGUGAAGACCCAGAGACCAACCCCAAGGCUGAACCACUUCACUCUACGACUACGACCCAGGCCACGAUGUAUUUUGCAGACUAUCACCCCUCCGGCGUUCCUGAUGUGUAUUGGCUUCGCGUUGUGACAUCAUACAAGGCACCCAAGACAGCAACUAUGCUUAUCGGCCUUUGUGUGAUGGGCAAGGGACGUCUUUAUAUUGAUGGAAAAGUGGCAGUCGAUCUCUGGUCAAGUCAUCCUAAGAAGACUCUUCAGACACCCAUGUUUAAUCAAGCGAGCAUGGAAUUGACAGCCGAUCUGGAAGCGCGCGAAGGACAGACUUACGAGAUAUCUGCCGUACUGAAGAAUGAAUCUCUGUCUACUACCGUGGGAGGACCCUACGUCGGAACGUCAUGCAUUGGUGGUAUUCGGAUCGGGUGCUGCGAAAAGAUCGACCCCGUUGUCGCUUUAAAUGAAGCUGUUGAACUAGCGAGGAAUGUAGACGUGCCUAUUGUCAUUGCUGGUCUGAAUGCCGAUUAUGAAACCGAAGCGGUGGAUAGGCACGAUCUAGAGCUGCCGCCUGGGAUCAACGAUCUUAUUCAGAUGGUAACCAAAGCGAACCCUAAAACCAUCAUUGUUAAUCAGUCCGGCUGUCCAGUGACCAUGCCCUGGGCCAACCAUGUUUCGACUCUUGUCCAAGCGUGGUUUGGUGGUCAGGAAACAAGUAACGCUAUCGCUGAUGUACUCUUCGGCCGGUACAACCCGUCAGGACGUCUGUCUAUUACGUUCCCGCGCCGACUUGAAGACACGCCGUCCUUCCUGAGCUUCGGCAGAGGCGUCCGCCAGAUGUAUUAUGGAGAAGGCGUAUUCAUUGGCCACAGAUACUACGAGAAGCUUGGAAACGACCCGCUUUUUUACUUCGGAUUCGGUCUUUCAUAUACGACCUUUGAGUACUCGAACCUCGAAGUCCCGGAAUUUGUCGACUUGGGCGAUGAUGGGGAGCAAACCUUCAACGUGUCGGUUGAUGUUACCAACACCGGUGACAAAGAUGGACAUGAGAUCGUACAAUUUUGGGUCUCUGAUGUCGAAUGCGCCACUCUACGGCCACGCAAAGAAUUGAAGGGGUUCGUCAAGGUAUGGGUGCCCAACGGUGAGAAGGUCAAGGCCGAAAUCAGCUUGGACAAGUAUGCCGUGUCAUACUGGGACGAAGAAGAGGAGAAGUGGCUUGCUGAAAAGGGCUCUUUUGAGGUGGUGAUAUCGCGAAGCGCAGACCCUGAAGAUGAAGUGUUGCAUCGCGAGUUCAAAUUAGAAAGGGAUUUGUACUGGAGCGGGGUAUAG